AUGUCCCCGCACCAAACUACUGGUCAGGAAUCUGACAACAUGGCCGUCAAUGGCGAGAAUGCGCCAGCUUCAUCUCAAUAUAUCCAGACAAAUAAUGAUGAGAUGGCUGAUAUGGUAGCUGCUGAGAAGAAAGCUGCAGCUGCAAAGGCGGCGAAGGACCCUUCAAGACCGAAGCGGAAAAAGGCCAAGCGAGCUUGUUACGCUUGCCAGCGGGGCCAUCUAACUUGUGGUGAUGAGAGACCGUGUCAGCGUUGUAUCAAGCGCGGAUUUCAAGAUGCCUGCCAUGACGGCGUAAGAAAGAAGGCCAAAUACCUUCACGAUGCGCCAAAUGAGGUAUUGAUGGCCGGGGUAGGAGCAACCCUCUAUAACCAGAGGAACGCUGCACAAAACAACGUCAAUGGAUCAAACACUUCUCCCGGCGUCCCUCAACAGAUGACAUCGCCCAAUUUUUACAGUACUCAGCAGUCUCCGGAUUAUAAUAGCUUCCCCCAAAACAAAAACGAACUGCAUGACAGUACGGUAGGACCUGAAAAUUACGCUUCCCAGUCUCCUGUUUCGCCCACAUAUCAAAUAGGUCAAGGAAUGCCAAAUCCGGUUCUUUCUCCGUCUCUCCCGCAAUCUGCAAGUGAGACGCCAUCAACGGCAAAUGCUGCUCCAGGUCAAUUUAAUUCAGCCUUCUUUGAUCCUAGCGACCCCGCGCUGUUCAACUUUGAUCUUGCCAGCAUGAACUUUGGGAACCAUUAUGGUGCUUUGGAGUUCGGGAUGCUUGGACAUAUGGCGACAGGGGUAGGUGACACACCACCUAGCGAUAGCGGCGCCCAACGCGGGUCAAUUGGCCAGAACGGCUCUGGGACAUUCGGUCUUGCCGGAUCCAACUUUGCUGAGAGCCCUAGUAAUCAGACGCCCUAUUUGUUCAACGAAUCUGGUAUGAAUGACUGGACGCAAACUGCACCCGUCAAUAGGAGGAGUAUAUACGGUUCAAAUGCCAACAUGGUGGCGGGAAAUAUGUCGGACAAGCCGCAUGCAUUCGCGAUCGAAAGUGCCCCGGCCAAUUUUGCCAGUCCUGCUUCCAAUGAAAGUCCGAUGAUGACAACCAACUCAGCAACGUUUGAAGACACGACGAAUUCCGGGGCGUUCAGCUCUAGACCGAACGCAUCCGUGUCCCAACAGAGGCAGCAGCCAGUGGUGUCAACACCCCAGCUUAAGCAGCAAAAUUUGAACCUCGGCGGCAGGCGCAGGCAUAAGAAUGCGUCGUCUAUCUACGACAGCGUCAAGGAUCCGUAUUCCUAUACUAGCGGCUUCCACUCUUUAACGGCAUUCAUCCAGCGUCGUUUCUCUCCACAAAAGACCCUGCGUAUUGCCAAAGCACUGGCAUCCAUUCGGCCAUCGUUUAUCGCGACAACAAAAACUCUAAACCGAGAUGACCUGAUAUUCAUGGAGAAAUGUUUUCAGCGCACACUCUGGGAGUACGAAGACUUCAUCAAUGCAUGUGGCACUCCAACGAUAGUUUGUCGGCGAACCGGCGAGAUUGCUGCAGUAGGGAAGGAGUUUAGCAUCCUCACUGGCUGGAGAAAGGAAGUGCUGCUGGGCAAGGAACCAAACCAUAACGUCAACACCGGUGGCUCAUCGGGUCUCGUUACUGACUCGACAUCUCGAGGAAGUUAUACACCAAGGCCCUAUAGCUCCGAUGUAUACAACUCCAGCACAGCAGCUACACCACGCACUCAGCCCGUCUUUCUCGCCGAACUGCUAGACGACGAUAGUGUAAUUGAAUUCUACGAAGACUUUGCCAAGCUUGCCUUCGGUGACUCUCGUGGUAGCGUGAUGACUACCUGCAAGCUGCUCAAGUACAAGACCAAGGCAGACAGCGACAUACUCGCUGGUAGCAACGGCGAGGCUGAUGCCGGGCAGAAUGGCGAAGCCAGCAGCAGCGAGGCAAACGAGCUCAAUGGCAGUAACGCUAACGGAGCCACGACGAACGGGCGGGGGCUGCGCCGAUGGGGCAAAGGUGAGAUUGCUGGCGAAGCUGGCAUGAACCAGCUUGGGUUCCGCGACGGCAAAGUCGAGUGCAGCUAUUGCUGGACUGUCAAACGGGAUGUCUUUGACAUCCCCAUGCUUAUUGUCAUGAAUUUUUUGCCAUGCAUAUGA